AUGGCGGAUAGUCGUGGCCUACAAGGCUUCGCAAAUACGAGAAAUAACAGCCGCAUUUUGGCUGAAUUUUUAUCUCGCGUGGUGCAAUUAAACCAAGAAAGUGAUUCUACGAUGGAAACUAGCUUAUCUGAGUUAAAUACAUCGUGUCAAGACCGUGAUAUUGGCGAAAGUGCCGGAAGGAAUUGCAAUUGGGCAAGUAAUAACUCGAGCUCCAACUAUUUGGUCGAAGAUACAAGCUAUGCCUAUGAUGAGUUUUUGAAAGCGGCAAGUAAUGGAAAUUGUCUAGAUUUAAUAUCGCAACACAUCGAGAAAUUGAAGAGGGAUAUAGCAGUUACAUCGUCUACCGAAGUUAAACUGAAACUUUCGAAGUAUAGCUCAUCAAUCUCACCGAUAUGAGGGCAGUCAUUAUUGAGUAUUGUAAACAAAAACUUCCCAAUAUGCCGAAAGGCAAACCGUCCAGAAGAUUAAACAGACUAGGAGGGCGAUCAGCAACAGAUAAACUAGCGACGGACAUUAAUUGUUCUAAUAAAAUCUUGUAGUUCUGGCGUAACAACGAGCGAACUGAACGAUAUAUUUCCAAAGCAGCCAAAUCAUGGGAUUCAUGGCGAACAAUCGCUUCUGAAUAUGACGGCUAAUAAUCAGAGUUCGACUACAGUUUGCAGCCAAGAUGAGCGUACUACGCAGUCAGUAGAUACUCUCUUAGAGGAAAUGGAUGUAAAAUUCUACAAUUUGAAGGAGGUUUUUGAUGAAUCGGUCUUAAAUCUGAAGGUUGAAAUUGCUGAAAUAAAGAAGGAUAUGUGCAAUAAAGAUGCAGAAAUCAAGUCGUUGAAGCAGGAAAGUUCUGAGCUAAAGGAAAGGCUAUGUGAAAGGGAUGCGAAAGUUUGA